AUGCGAAAAUCGAUGAAUGUAAUUUUGCUCUCAGAUGGUCAAUGUAUUCGGUGCAGUACACCUUCAACCACAAUAGAGAAGAAAAAUUUUGGUUCGCCUAUAAGUAAUCGCUUAACUAUAAAGUUAGAAGAAAAGCAUAAUAGAGUCGAGAAAAUUUCGAACAAGAAUAAUCGGUUGCUCGCUUCCGGCGAGGAACUGGGAUCUUCGACGGCGGUGACCUUUGUAAACUCGGAAUAUCCUCAGAUGUGCGAUUACGGUAAUUACAAAGAGAGCAAUCAACUGCUACCAAACGGAAUUACUGGCAAAUAUAAAGAAACUGUCACAAAUUCCGGUAUUUUAUCUCCAAGGCAACGGAAUCGUAUUCGAACUAAUCCAUGGGUGCCGGCUAAUAAUUUAAGUCCAGGAAGUAGUUGUAUCGGGCUGACUCAUCGACAGGACUGCACCAAAUCACCCGUUCUGAAAAGCUCGACGUCUCCUCGGUAUUGCAUAUCAAAAACACAGGCCUCGAUAGAGAGAGCGUCAAGAAGUAGACAGUCUUUAUCAUCAUCCUCAUGUUCCUCUCUCAGCACAACUGGCAGUGUUAACUGGGACCUUAGUUUGGCCAGGAAUAAUUCAAAGAUCGCAAGCGACGAGGAUGAGGACUGUACACUCAAUGAGAUGAUGGGAAAGUACGACGAAAGCUACGUUUACGAGAAAGAGACUGAUAUUUUAAGCGAUAGUGACGCUACAGAUUGUGAAACUGACAUAGACACAGGACAAGGAAGUAAUGGCGAUUCGGACUUAAUACAACGCGAGUUGGACUUCAUAGACAACGGGUCAUAUUUGGAAUUCAAUAUGGAUAUCAAAAACUCGAGGAACACGGGUCAUUGCACUUACCAUAAUUACGACAUUCAAAAGAAGAACUCUCGGAGGCGAAUUUCGCGAAGAUCGCAAAAACAAGAAAUGCAUUACCAGGUGUCCGUGUCUAAACAAACAAAUGAAAGGCGAAGACGUUCAAGUUCGUCCAAGAAAAAAAUUAACGUAAUGGAAUGCGUUUUCAAUCAUCCCCCACAGCAUACCGGGUCACGAAGCGCCGGGACGACUCCUCUUUCGGCAAGACGUAUAAGCCAACCAGUAUCAAAGCUGAUUGCCGAUGACAAUCUACGCAGAAGAAGCAAUUCGGUAACCUUCAACACAAACUCGGUCCAUAUGAUAAACCAAAAGGACAAAGAAGCCGAUAAGAAGUACAGAGAGCUAAUAAAUGAAGCCGACCGCUUACUCACCACCAUGAAGUCGAACAUUUUGUCACCAAGAAGAAUGCCGGUACCUCCCAAUAAACGAGUCGAGUUACUUCGAAAUGCCGAAUCUUCCAAGUCGGACGCUUUCAUAAAAAGUAGACUGAUCGAUGACACCGCAAAUAUGCAUGUAUCACGAAUUCCGUCCAAUAAUUUUAAUUCUUCUAGAUUUAGUCCUGUAAAAACUCACGUCACUAAUUUCAUAAGUCAUAAUUCGCCUGUGUUAAUGAAGAAAGACAUGUGCGAAUCGUCUUUACCGAAUCGAUGGAUUCCUUCGAAAUCCACCAUGAGCUCAACUGAUGAAAUUCCCCUCCACCACGUGGAAAUGACACUUCGAAAACACACAAAGUAUAGAAAAAGAUCAAACAAAACUACAACACCGCGCCCAUACAACCAAAACAGUAGCAGUAGUUCUGAUUCGGAAGGUGGCCGAAAUGCAAGGCAUUGUUGUCCACACAGUGAGCCGUUAAAAAGGAAAGCCUAUAGUGACCCAUGUAAAAUAAUCGGUUGUAGUACAAACGACAACGCGACGAAAACCACUACUUCUCCUUCACGAUUUCCACCUAACGGCACAAAAGGAAACAACCACAGCAGUUCCGAAAAUUUACGGCAACAAGUACUGCUCAAUACUUUGGCGAAUUUAAAACGUAAUUUGGAAAGUCAGUCCGCCUCUCUUCGGAGGGUAUAUAGAAGCUCGAAUAGUAUACGCAUGACUGAUCACUGAAUCUCGAGUUGACCUAAAGGUAUAACUACUCUGUUCUUAGGCGGUGGCGGAACUAUUUUUCUAUGCACUAUGAGUUGGGAUAGAUAGCUUGCCAUGUAACCGAGCUUUUUGUAAUUUGGACUAGAUUACUUUCCAUUGUGAAAUGACACCCUUGUAGGCACCAUAGAAAAGAAACAUCACAUCAAGUAAACAUUAUUUAUAGCUUACCUUUUUUACACACAAUUGAAUGUAGCUUUUAGCAAAACCGUAUAUUGGAUUUUUUUAAACCUUGUCAAUCCAUUCCAUGGUCAAGUUUACGAUCAAUUACAAAUGGGAAACCCAUUUUGUUUAGUUUUUAAACAAAAACUACCUACAUAUGAUGGCUUUACAGUUUCAGAAAACGCAACAAUGGCGGGAACAUAAACUAAACAACCAUUUAGUCUCACAAACGCUAGACUUAAGGAUGGCGGACAUUUUUGGAAUCGGCUGUGAAGAAACUUAUUUCAUUCCGAAUUUUCAACAAGGGAACAUUAGCUUUAUACGGAAGCCUAUGAGGGCCAUAAAGUUUAUUAUUUUUAUAACUUUGAGAUGAAACUUAGAAUCCGAGUUGCUCCUUUGAAUUCCCAAAAGCAAUUCAGAAUAUCAAGAUUUUAGAAAGAAAAUCUACAAAAAAUUUAAUUACUGUGCCAACAUUGUCAGGAAUAAAUAUGUUUUUUUCGCAAUAACAAAACCAAUAUUCAUUCCUUGAAAAGGGGAUGAAAACACGAAGAAUGGAUUGUUCCAUCUGGAUUCCUAAUAAUAGAGAUUUAUUGCCCAACAGAACGGCAUAUUCCAAUUACAGGACAAUACAUAAUUAACAGAUAACGCGCAAUUAUUUAGUGUACUUUAUUAGAAAAAA